AUGCUGGUCCGUACACUCUCGGGGACGGCCAUGGUGGUGGGCUUCGUGGUGUGCAUCUACGCAGGGCACGUGGCGCUCUUCGCGAUGAUCGUGGGCAUCCAGAUCGCCAUGGCGAAGGAGCUCUUCCUCAUCGCGCGUCGCUCCGUCGGGACCGAGGGCGACAAGUCCCUCAGCCAGGGCUUCUUUGGCAACUUCCAGUGGUGGUACUUCAACGCCGCCUCCUUCUACAUGUACGGCCGCUUCUGCAAGCGCAACCUCAUGGUCGAGAUCCGGGACUACCCGUUCAUCGUGCGGUACUCGGCGCUGCAGAAGGCGCUGCGGUGGCUGGUCCGCUACCACACGUUUUCGUCGUUCUCCCUCUACCUGUUCGGGUUCGUGGCGUUCGUGCUGUCGCUGCAGAGCGGGCGCGUGCUGGAGCGCUUCGGGCAGCUCGCGUGGACGCACAUGGUGCUGCUGUACACGCUCGUGCCCUCGUCCUUCCUCGUGGCGCUCAUCUUCAAUCAAGGAAUCAUAUGGCUCAUUUUCCCCUGCUCCCUGGUCAUCAUGAACGACAUCAUGGCCUACUUCUGCGGCAUGCUCCUCGGCCGCACGCCGCUCAUCCCGCGCCUGUCGCCCAAGAAGACCUGGGAGGGCUUCGUUGGCGGCAUGUUUGCCACCAUGGCGUUCUCGUUCUGGCUCGCCGCCUUCCUGCAACAGUACCAGUGGAUGGUCUGCCCGCGCACCGACCUCUCCGUGUACAGCUGGGUCGAGUGCGAGAUCGACCCGAUCUACCAGCGGGAGGUGGUGAGCGGGCAGGACCUGCUGGGGAUGCUCCCCGGCUCCGUGCUCACGGAGAUGGACCAGUUCUCGUCCCUCGUCCCGCGCUCCAUCGCGCAGACCUUCCUGACGACGGAGGUGCGGUUCUCGGCCUUCCAGGCCCACGGCGUCGUCAUCGCGCUCUUCGCGUCGGUGAUCGCGCCGUUCGGGGGCUUCUUCGCCAGCGGCUUCAAGCGCGCGCUCGGCGUCAAGGACUUCGGCGAGAGCAUCCCGGGGCACGGCGGCAUGACGGACCGCAUGGACUGCCAGGUCGUGAUGGCGGUGUUCGCCUACAUCUACCUGCACUCGUUCGUGCUCAGCCACUCGGACACCGUCACGGAGAUCCGAGACUCCAUCGCCAUGCUAGAGACGGAGGAGAAGAUCGCCGUGUUCCUCGACGUAGCCAGGCAAGUGAAGGAUGCUGGCGUGGACGCGGCGAAGUUGCUGACGAGCAGCGCAGAGGUGGGAGGCUGA